AUUAGUAUCGCUAGCAGUGUGGCUGGCAUUAUUCGGUUAUUACAUAAAAUAUGGGAAAAGGAAAAUUGUUUCAUUACUGUUCGUAUGUGCGCUGAUAGUUUUCUUUGGCAAGUGCGAUUUUCUGUGCAGACGCGCUCUGAGUGUGUGAUCUAGAAUGCCGAAAUAAUCUUCGAUUAAAUACGAUAGCAACAAAGGAAGAGCAGCUUACUGUUCCAGCAAGAGGGAAAAUUUUGGCUCAAAUCUUGAGAGCUUUGAUGUGGAAUUGGUGAUUCUUUCACUAAGUGUUAUCCAUCGAAUGGUGUUCUCUUUUUCCCCAAAUGCAAUGAAAGGAAAAGAGGAAUAUUUUUGUCCUAUUGUGCCCGUGAAAAUUUCUAGCCGAAGGCUGCCCAUUGUUUGUCUUGCCGUGGAAUAAGCUUCAUCACCGUGGGUAAUGUGUAUAGCUGAAAUGCCCUUGGAUCAAAGUGGAAAAUAUGAAAAUUCGUCUCAGCUCACAAAUUCUUGUUCUGUGAACUGAGGGAAAAUCCCCAAGAAUACGAAGAAGUGUGUACGACGUGUGGAUGUUUGUGAUCAAUAAAAACACAAGGAAGAGAAUAUAGAAACAGCAGCAGAGUGAAAUCGUGAAGCUGAUGUGUGAGCAGGGUGAAAAAUCUUGCCCUUUUUGGUGAUUCUGGCAGCAGAUAGAAGCUAGGAAAACAGCAAGGCCCGGAAUGGUGGCGGGAAUAGCAGGAAUGCCACCUCUCAGUUAAAAUUUAGGUUAACAUGGAACCUUCAACGGAAACGGAUACAUAUCAAAUCGAAUGCCUCGUUUGUACGUAUAUACAACAAGAAUAGUGUAAGUGCUAGUGCAGGUGUAAGCCGUAAUCAGUAGCUUUAAAGUCGGAAUGAAUUAGAUGUCGAGAAUCCAGAAGAAAUCGAUAUCAAUACCUAUACAUAUCAUAUAAAGUGGCUUUCCAUUAUGAGUGCACGUGCAACCAGAAGUGUAAUGUGAUGAGCCAAGGCAGGAAGCAAUGUGAGAUGAAAAUCAAAUAGCAUCUAAUGAAAAAGUGCCAGCAAAAGCUUCGUCCGAAAGUGUGAGAAAGAGUGCUUUUCCAAAGCUCUCAGUGAAUGUUCGAUUAAUAGUAGUUGUAAAUGAAUGGAGUACUAAUAUAGUAAGAAGACGAAGAAGAAAAAUCAAUCAUCAGAUUGCAUCCCGCCACCUCCGGAGCAGCUUCUUGUUGUUGGUCCCACCUGUCCAGGGACAUCCGAUGCAUUCUCGCUGCAGAUGGAAUCAGCGGAAACGGAAAUACUAGGAUAUCGUUUCUGCUGCUCACACCGAUGCCCACAAAACGACGCGGUGAUCAAUUGAGGGAUUGCUCCGUUUCGCUGCCACUGGACAUUCUAUGGUUACCCAAGGCGGCUAUGAGGCCCAUUGGGCCACCCGACACCUCCCACUCAGAGUGCGUCCUCAUCGUAGGCGUAUCCCGUCCUAAGCUAGCGGCACUGUUCUUAUCGGUUAUGUUGUUAUCGCUUUUCCUUACGUUCCACAUUCUGUACGAUAGCGCCGUCUACAGCAUACAGGCGGCAACCGCUAUAUCCGAAAACAAGAUCGCCAUACUAACAAAUCACAUUCCGAAUCCACCGACGAUUAAUCAUCCCGUGGUAUUCCCCAACAGGAUCCAUUUCCCCAAGACGAGCAGAAGACUUCCGCAAUGUUUGAUAAUUGGAGUGAGAAAAUGUGGCACACGUGCGCUGCUGGAGAUGCUGUAUCUUCAUCCACGGAUUCAGAAGGCGGCAGGCGAGAUUCAUUUCUUCGACCGCGACGAAAACUAUCUCAAGGGGCUGGAAUGGUACCGAAAGAAGAUGCCUCACUCGUUCCGCGGACAGAUUACCAUCGAGAAGAGCCCCAGUUACUUUGUGACGCCAGAGGUACCGGAACGAGUUCGCGCAAUGAAUGCGACCAUAAAGCUGCUGUUGAUUGUGCGAGAACCGGUGACGAGGGCGAUAUCGGAUUACACCCAGCUCCGAAGUCACGCCGCAACGGCCACAUUGCCACAGCAACAAAGUUUAUCUUCCACAUCGCCACUAUCCAGGUCAUUCGAAGAUUUGGCGAUUCUACCAAAUGGAACCGUUAACGAAGCGUAUCGUCCACUGGCGAUAUCACAGUAUCACGUCCACGUGCACAGGUGGUUAGAGGUCUUCCCACGGGAGCAGUUACUCGUUGUCAACGGCGACCAACUGAUAGAGGAUCCCGUGUCGCAACUUCGCCGAAUCGAGGAUUUUUUAGGAAUCGAGCCCCGCAUCGGUAGCAACAACUUUUAUUUCAACGAGACGAAAGGUUUCUACUGCUUGCGCAAUGAAACCGGCGACAAGUGCCUGCGGGAGACGAAAGGCCGCAAGCAUCCGCGGGUCGAUCCCGUAGUGGUGUCCAAGUUGCGUAAGUUCUUCGUCGAACAUAAUCAAAAAUUCUACGAACUGGUUGGCGAGGAUCUUGGCUGGCCGGAAGAGUAAAUCUGGCCAACGUUCGCACAUUUUUCGUUCUCGUUCUGCUUUUUAUUUGCUGAUCGCAACAUUCCCCGUAUAUCGAGAAUCCAAUCGCACAAACGAAUGUGAGCGGUAUCUUCAAUUCUUCGAAACGUCCAUCAAAGGGCACACUAUGUAAAGGUGAGUGUUGAACAGAACUGAAUCAAACGAGAGGAGUCAGGUGAUGUAAGAAGGAAGAAACGAAACGAAGAUAGAAACAGGCAAGCAUUAUUACGACGGAGAAAGUGAGAAAGUGGUUACAACUAGCGCAACGUUUUUAAAACGGUUAGAUAGGUAUUAAUUAAUAUGAAAUCGAUAUUUUCCUAUUGCAGGGGUUGCUUAUGAGAAUAAUGGAUGAGCUCUGUGAAGGGACUGGUACCGGGUAAUGCUUGAGCACGUUUUAAUUAUGUUGUUCUAGUACGAGCACAGAGUUGAUUGCAAAAGUCUAAAAGCAUAUGAUUUUUUUAGACUGACUAAAGGAAAAUAGGGUGUAAUUUAAUCUCUUUCUACGAUCGUCCUUUUUACGAUUGUAAUCGUAUGUUUAAAAGAUUUGAAAUCCUAAAAGAUUGUUUUAUUAUAUCCAAUAUUUCUUUACUAUUGUUUGCUCAAUUGUUGCUAGUUUCAUUCAACCAUCGCUAAAAACUAAAAUUGUACUUCCAAACUUUUUGAAUCUUAUGGUGUAUUCUGUAUGUGAUUUAAUUUC